AUGGACUCCAAAGAGACAGUCAAUGAGUCGCACAUCAUGGACUCCAAAGAGACGGUCAAUGAGUCGCACACCAUGGACUCCAAAGAGACGGUCAAUGAGUCGCGGCUCGAGAGCGCGUCUCCGCCCCCGGAGAAACUGACGCCGGGGGGCGAGGAGCAGCUCCUCUUGCGAUGGUCGGCCGAAGAGCAGGCACGCAUCAUUCGCAAAGUCGAUCUGCGCCUCAUCCCCGUCUGUGGACUCUUGUACUGCGCUUCGUUGCUGGAUCGAACGAAUUUGGCCAACGCGGCCAUUGCUGGCAUGAACCUGGAGUUGAAUAUCAGAAAUGUCAAUGGCGUGGAUCGAUAUUCCCUGAUCACUCUCAUGUUCUUCAUCACGUACACCAUCUUCCAACCCCCCGGAGGAAUCCUCACUCGCAAGUUCGGCCCCCGACUAUUCCUGUCCGCCCUGUGUUUUCUGUGGGGGAUUGUCGUGAUCGGAUUCGGUUUCGCGGAGCACUGGUCGCAUCUGGUGGGAAUGCGCGCCGUGCUGGGACUUCUCGAGGCGGGUUUCUUCCCCGGUGUGGUGUAUCUGAUGUCGACGUGGUAUAAGCGAUACGAGAUGGGCAAGCGCUACGCUUGUUUCUACCUGAUUGGCGCCGGGGCUUCAGCCUUUGGAGGAAUCCUGGCCUACGGUUUGAUGCAGAUGGACGGGGUGGCUGGCUACCGAGGCUGGCGCUGGAUCUUUAUCAUUGAAGGCAUCAUGACCUGCUGCGUCGCACUUGUAGGCGCUCGGUUCUUGCUCUCCUUCCCCGACAGCUCCAACUCCCGGUCCCUUCGCUUCCUCACUGCAGACGAGCAACAGUGCAUCCUCGAGCGCGUCAACGUCGACCGCGGCGAUGCCGACGUUGCCAAGUUCAACUUCCGACAGUGGUUGGCGGGCGGGAAAGACUGGAAGAUCUGGGCCUACGCUCUGAUUUUCGGCUGCAUCACCACCGUCUCCUACGCUCUCGCCUACUUCCUCCCCAUCAUCCUCAACUCGGAUCUGGGAUUCAGCAUUGGGCUCUCGCAGUGCUUGGUCGCGCCGCCUUAUGUGUUUUCUGCGAUUGUUAUGAUAUUGACGGGCUGGUGGGGAGACAAGUACCAGAUGCGCGGCCCUCCGCUCGUCUUCAACGCGAUCCUUGCCAUCGUCGGUCUCUCCAUUCUGGGCUUCCACGACACGCCCGGUAUCCGAUACUUUGGCGUCUUCCUGGCCGCGGCAGGAGCCAACGCCAACAUCCCCGUGUGCAUGUCUUACCAGGCCAACAACAUCCGCGGCCAGUGGAAGCGCGCCUUCUGUUCUGCCACGCUCGUCGGCUUCGGAUCCCUCGGCGGCAUCGUCGGCAGCACCGUAUUCCGCGCCCAGGACCGGCCCGGCUACCGCCCCGGGAUCGUCACCACCAUCGCCAGCCAGGGCGUGAUCAUCCUCCUGGUGGCCAUCCUGUCCCUCGACAUCCGGCGGCAGAACGCCAAGGCGGACCGGGGCGAGAAGGUCCUGGAGGAGGGCGACGCCAGCUUUAGAUAUACCUUUUAG